AUGCUGUUAAUUCUCGCUCUCUUUUCCCUAGCUAAUAGCUAUGAAGAAGAUUACUUCAUGGAGGAGAAUGGCUUAAGAAAGAAACUCAAAAAAGCUUUCAUGAAAGCCGGACAUGCAGUUCACAAAGUUGGGCACGCUGUUCAUAAGAUCACCAAACCAAUUACAAGACCAAUUCAAAAGAUAACAAAGCCAAUUGUGAAACCAGUUCGUAAGCUUGUGAGACCAAUUAGAAAGUGGAUUCACGAUAGAGACCAGAAGGAAACAACUGAGCCCGUCAGAGUAAUUAGGUUCAACCCUACAAAUCUUGAAAGAGAUUACAAGACAAGGAACCUUGAAUCCCUUAUCCAACAAAUUGCCAAUGAGUUCCAUCUUGACGUACAGAAAGUUGCCAUGUUCUUCAGACUUAACAAAUGGUCACUUUAUUCAAAGAAAUUGUUCAACAGAAUUGAUUUUGGCCAAGUUCAGGACAAAGAUCAGAGAUCUGCUUAUCUUGGUGGCACAAUCAUCAAAAUUACAAAGUCUAAUGGCGAAUACACAGUCAACUGCCGCCAGGCAGCCGUUUCUGCUCUUAUCCAAGCCACACGCACACAACAUAGAUACAGGAGACUUUUGGGCCAUUCUCGCAGACAUCACGAUGUAGAAUGGCGUGCACUUACAGCUAGUGAGAUCCAGCAGGUCUACAACGAGUGCAACAACCAAAUUGUAGGCCGCCUCAACGCUUAUAAGAACAUUUAA